UAAUCGCAAAUUUCUCCGAGGAUCAUUCCCAAUCUUAACAACAUUAGAACACCUGAGAUGGGUGGCAAACCCGUAAAUUCAACUCAACCUGAAGGGCCAAACCAUGAACACUCACCUAUAAAAUACUCAACACAGACAGAACUAUUCAUUAAAAACAAAAACUCACAGCAAAAUCGAAGGGAAAAAAAAAAGACCAUUUUUUUUUUUCAUUUCUACAAGAACUCCGGUAAUCCCCCUUCUUUCCUCUUCGACUCCAUCUUUUAUUAUCCUAUACAUGAAAGAGCCUUCUGUUUCUUGUCUUCGCAAGAACCGUGCAAACCCACCAAGAAAAUUACUCAAGCUUGUUUGCAGUUUCAAUGGCGCAUUCCAACCCAGACUUCCUAUGGGAAAGCUUCGUUAUAUUGGUGGCGAGACUCGUAUUAUAUCCGUUGAUAGAAGCAUUGGGUUCUUGAAACUUCGGGAAAAGAUCGCGAAUCUUUGUCCCAAAGUAAUUUCUUUUUGGUUGAAGUACCAGGUAGCUGUUGCUGACGUGGAUUUGGACAUGGGUUUGGGCGUGAUAGAAUCGGACGAGGAUGUCAAGAGCAUGGUGGAAGAGUACGAGAAUCUGGAGUUUUACGGUAAGAGAGCACGGCUUUGGAUUUUUGUAUGUAGUAAUGGGCUUGAAUAUGGACAAUUGUGUAAGGGUCAAGUUGAUAAUAAAGUGACAAAGAAUGUGGGGAAUGGUGGUAAUGGUUUUAGGCAGGGUGAUGAUUCUAUAAGAAAAUUGGUUUUGAAACAGCAGUUGUUGGCGAAACAGACGGGUAGAGUUAAUGGAAUUCAGGGUGUUUCAGGUUUUGGUGUUAAUGAGACUGGAAUGGAAUUUGCAUCUUGUGCUAAGAAUCAAAAGUUUGAUCAUCCACUUAUAGAUUUAGGGCAUGAAGAACCAAGUGCUUUUGUGAGUGAAGAGGAAACAUGUGGAGGAAAUUUGUUAGAUUGUGAAAUGAGAAAUUUGGCGCCUCAAAUGUGCCCUUACUAUCCAGGAGUCAAACCAAAUUCCAACAUCUCAAAGCAAGGGCAUUCUGUGAGGUCAUGCUACUCCAGUUUGUGGAAGCCUUGGCCUGGUCUACCUGAGCAUACCUCAGUAGAGGGGGUGAGCAUGAUGACUCAUUUAAGUAAUCCUGAUUUUCCAUAUGGCAAUUCAAAUCUCAAGGCAUGUCAUUUAGCACAUUAUGGUGCAUGGGCUGGUGUUGGUAGUCAAUCUCUCUUUACAAAUAAUGUUAUUGACAGUCCGUCUCCAGGUAUGAAAAUGAUGGAUGCCAAACAAUAUCCAAUCGUUGGAUUGAAUCAUGGGCUCGAAGUUCCUUAUCAAACUCCCUUUGUGAAUUGUCAUACAGCAGCCAUAGUUUGUGAACCAGUUCACUGCAAUCUUCAGAACAGACUAUCUGUUGCUGAUUCACAAAAGGUCAUUACCAACUCUACUUUGUCAAAUGAUGUGCACAGAACCCAGUUGUCUGAUGCAGAAGCAUCUAAGAAUUUAAAAAGCAGCUAUAAGGAUGGCAAUGGCAGUCAUAAUUUGCAAGAUGGAUUUGCAUCUUCAGUUGAUCUUUUGUGUACCCUUUCAUUGUCAUCAACCAAAGGUGUGCAACCUCCUGAGCUUUCUUCUCAUGGUAGCAACAGCUUUUCUGAUUCCUUGGUCAUGCCUCAAUCAAUGUCCUUAGAUCUCAUGGAUGAAUUGCACAUUGACAUAGGCCCUCAAGUUGAUCAAUCAAGUGGAAACACAUCUAAUUCUUCACCCAGGAACAUGGAUGAAUUGGAAAAGGAUCACAUCCAAGGAGAAGCAAUGCAACAUGACCUUUCAUCUUAUUUAAGCGUUGAUGAAAAGUCAGAAGGUAACGAUGGUAAGAAAUGUUCUAAGGUGAUUGGUAGAAUCUCAAGUGGCCUGACUGCAUUUUAUACACAUCUAGCUACUCAAGAGCUGCAGACUAUUAGGAGUUCUGAACUUGAAUACAUAAAAGAACUUGGUGAGGGUGCAUGUGGAACUGUGUUCUAUGGAAAAUGGAAGGGAUCUGAUGUUGCAAUUAAGAGGUUAAAGCCAAGAUGCUUCUCUGAAGGCUCUGUGGAGGAGGAGCGAUUGGUUGCUGAAUUUUGGAAGGAAGCAUAUAUUCUGGGUCAGCUUCACCAUCCGAAUAUAGUGGCAUUGUAUGGUGUAGUUACAGAUGGCCCUUUGACAAGUUUGGCAACGGUGGCAGAGUACAUGGUGAAUGGCUCCCUGAAACAAGUUCUGCAAAGAAAAGAUCGCACUAUUGAUCGCCGAAAGAGGUUAAUAAUCGCCAUGGAUGCAGCCUUUGGAAUGGAAUAUCUGCAUGAGAAGAACAUUGUCCAUUUUGAUUUAAAAUCUCAUAACUUCCUUGUUAAUAUGCGGGAUCCUUGGCGACCAGUGUGCAAGAUUGGUGAUCUAGGCUUAUCCAAAAUUAAACAGAGGACAUUCGUCUCUGGUGGAGUUCGAGGAACUAUACCAUGGAUGGCACCUGAGCUUCUGAACACUAAGAACAACUUGGUAACAGAGAAGGUUGAUGUGUACUCAUUUGGAAUAGUCAUGUGGGAACUCUUAACUGGGGAGGAACCUUACACUGAUUUGCGCUCAGAGGAAAUAAUAGCUGGUAUAAUUAAGGGCACUCUCCGACCUGAAGUCCCUAGCUGGUGUGAUCCAGCAUGGAGAUCGUUGAUGGAGAGGUGCUGGUCAACUGAUCCUGACUCAAGGCCUGCCUUCUUAGAGAUCACGAAAGAGUUGCGUACCAUGUCAGCUUCCAUGAAUAUUAAGUGAUUACAGCAAAUGAUAAUGCACUGGGCAAACUGCUCGUGUUUUUCCCUUGGUGUAAAUAGGUUACAUUGCCAGGAACAAGGCAGAGUGAGAUGUGAUUAGUUUGCCAUCCACUGCAAUGUCUGAUGUGAUGAUAACCCUUUCUGUAGGAGUUCUCGAGACCGGUGAAAUUUAUUUUUGCAGUCACCGGGGUCCUGAUAUAGCGAUUGUGUAUACAAGCUGAGUUUAGAAAGUAGAACUUCCCAAGUUUAGAUGGAAGGAGGUAACCUUUUAACUAAGGAAAAGGCAAGGCCUUAGAUAGCUUUCUAUUUUUGGUUGUCAAGGCUACAUAUGGCCAUGCAAUGUUUACCAUGACCAUGUUGUUGAGCUAUUUCUCCUAACGGCGCAAGGAUUUUGUCAUCCAAUUGACGUAAUUGAACAGCAAGGGCCGUCGGUUUCUCUUCAAAAUUUCCCUUCAACUUUCA